CUCUCCUUAAGCUUCCUCCUCUCAGUCAGAGAUGGAGCCCAGCAGUCCGAAGAAGAUCCAGUUUGCGGUUCCCCCGCUGCAGGGCCAGCUGGACCCCCAGGCAGCAGAACAUAUACGUCGCAGGAGACCGACUCCUGCAACCCUGCAGAUCUACAGACAACCUGGCACAGAUGGAGAGCAGCUCAGCGCCGGCGGGGAGGCUCAGGCUUCAGACUCUCAGAGGAAGCAGAGCACCUUCGCCCCCCCCACCAUGAAAGGUGAUCUGAAGAGUGUCGUACCGGAGGAGGAAGAGGAGGCGGUGAACCCUCAGGACGACUGAAGGGAUCUCUGGACGAGCAACAAACAGCCUCUGGUUUCAAGGGAAGCAGCUGCAGGAAGACACAUCCAUCAUCAAUCCGUCACAUCCAUCAUCAAUCCGCCACAUCCAUCAUCAAUCCACCACAUUGAAGCUAGAAGGAGGAAUCUGGAAAUGAUCACGUGUACAUUUGGUCUGCUGGAUAGCUGCAUGAGUGUAGCUCAGACGGCUAACUACCAACGGUCGCUACACCUGCUGGUUAGUUAGCUAAAACAAACAGCCCAAGCAGUUAGCAGUUAGCAUCUCUCUAAGUGUCUGUGUUUCCCUAAAAACACACAACAACGUUAGUCACCAGUUAAAAUAAGUCGAAAUAAGGGUUAGCUUGCUAGCUAAUUAGCCUGUUGUGACGCACCCAUUGCACCAGAGGAUACUCUGGGUUGUUUCCACCGAACAAAGAUCCAGUGUGUGAUCAGGAAUGAUCGGAUAGUAAUAUAAAUGACUCUAUUUCAUAACCAUGAAACCCUUCGAUCACAGAAGGUGUUCUUUAUUAUCCUGUUUGAAUAAAGUCAUUAUUUUGGGGGUAAAAAGACACAGCUAGCCUUUAAAGAUAAGAUAUGACCUGAAGUGCCAUUCGGAUAUUUGAAACGUAGUAAAAGUACAGUUUAUAAUUAUGUCUAAUUAAUUUGCAUAAAUACAGUGAUUAAUAAUGGUAAUGUUUUUUCACAUAAAUCUAAAUGUUUGCUGUGAAAAUG